CCAAACAGUCAAAUCCCCUAGUUGUGGACCUGCUUCUGGUUACUGCUUCGUUUAACAUCCAGUCAUUAUCUAGCUAUUGUAACUAAUAUAACUAGUACACAACUAGUUAGUUUGUGUACAAACACACACACACACACACACACACACACAGGUAGAAACAAGAGAGUAAAACCUUUCACUGAAGUCAACAUUAACCAUGUUACUGGCUUUGAGAGGUGAAAAACCUCUAAAUGGUUUAAAUUGUUUGUGAAACGUUGAAACUUUAGCUGUAGAGAUGAAGACAGAGCAGAUUUCAGGAAAUGAUCUGCCAUGUCGUUCAAUAUGCAGCAGAGAACUUUACAUAUUUCCUGUGGAUGCGGUGACUCUCACAGUCGAGGCGCUGCGAUAUCCACAGUCAGAUUUCUACUCGUUCAAAUUUUUACGCAUUCGUGGACGGACAGGUGGAAAAGUGCAUGAGGAGACGCUAGACAAAGAGCCAUGAAAGACGAUCAACAGUUCACUCAGUGGAGCUCCUCAAAGAAGGAACAGCAGCAACAUAAAUAUAUGAAAAACAGCAAAGAAAUAAAAGGAUUCCUCACCAGAUAUAUUCUAAAAACAUGGACUCUGUUUAACGGUACGGAACUGAAGAAAAUGGCAUUUGGUGAAAAAGAUGAGCACAAACCUCAGAAAACCAUGUUAAUGGUUGGAGAAACAGGAGUGGGGAAGUCGACUCUCAUCAACGCCAUGGUCAACUACAUGCUUGGUGUUGAGAGUAAAGACAGAAUUUGGUUUGAGGUCAUAGAGACAAAAGAAGAGCAGUCUGAUUCUCAGACUCACGCAGUCACGGUAUAUGAUGUGUUUACUGAACACUGCCCUUUCUCUCUGACCGUCAUCGACACGCCUGGGUUCGGAAAAACAGAAGACACAGACGAGGAUUUAAAAGUAGCUGAAUAUUUACUCGGGUUCCUGAGAUCCAGUGAAAGUGUUGAGACACUUGACGCCGUGUGUCUCGUGGUGUCGUCAAGCACUGUCCGACUCAGUGAAAGACAGCGCUAUGUUUUUAACGCUGUUCUCUCUUUAUUCAGCAAUGACGUGAAGAAAAACUUUGUUGUGUUCAUCACACAUGCAACAAGAAAGCCUACAAAUUCUAUCAAAGCCAUCAAAGAUGCCAAGAUCCCAUGUGCUCAGACUAGAGAUGAGGAGCCGGUGUAUUUCAGGUUCGAUAACAGUCACUGUGAGAACUUUUUUGUGAGAUACGACCGUGAAGAGGAAACCGAUGAACUGAUUCAAGGUUUUCAGGCAGCAUGGGAUCUGUUCAACACGAGCAUGGAUGACUUUCUGUCUUUCGUAAAGGGGAACAAACCUGUAAGUCUGAAGAACACUGAAAGUGUGCUGACACACCGUAAGCAGCUGGUGGAACACAUGAGCAGUUUAAGAGAACAGGUCAAAGCAAUGCAGCUUGAACAUGAAUUUGAAGAGUGCUACAAAGAAAAGGUACCAAUUGACCCGUCAACGGGUUCGAGCAAAGAGGCUACGUGCUGUAGUGUGUGUAAGUGGAACUGUCAUUAUCCAGGAUGCUGGUGGGUCUCAAAUCUUUCCUGGUGUACUGCCAUGUCCAAGUAUGAAUGCACAGUGUGUCCAGGAAAGUGUCACUACACUAUGCAUGUUAAAGAGGCAAAAAUCUAUGAGACAAAGACCAGGCUGGUCAAGAAGACUUUAGAAGAUGUGAAAAAGAACCUCAAGAAUGAGUCUGAGGAGAAUAAGAAACGACUAGCGAAAGAAAUAUCAAAACAAGAAAAAGCAAUAAGCAGACUGGUGGAAGAGUGUGAUAAGUGUAUGCACGUCCUGCAGGAGAUCGCCUUAAAGACCGAUGCUCUGUCUACACUUCAGGAUCUGGAGUCCCUGUGUAAGGAAGCAAAGGAAACUUAUGGGAAUGAAACAGUACAGAAACUCGAAGAACUGAAGAAAAAGGCUGAGGAGAAGUCCAACAUGACUAAACUGUAGAUGUAUGUGACAGAAAGGAAUUCUGAAAGAAAUUGAUGAUUACGUCAUGUAAUAUCAUCCACAUAUCAUUCAAUCAUGUGGUGUGUAGUUAUUAUCUUCUUAUUAGUAUUUAGUCAUAUGAUGAAUGCUUCCUGAUCAGCGACAUGGAGAGUCUUCUUGAUUAACAUGUUUUUGUGUGUGUGUGUGUGUGUGUGUGUGUGUGUGUGUGUGUGUGUGUGUGUGUGUGUCCCUGUAUCCACAUCUUUCAGUGUUCUUCUGUUCUCUGUACAUCACCUGUAGUGGUUGAUACUACACAAAGAUUAGAUGCUUGAAAGAUCCUUCUCAAUGUUUUCUUUACUAUUUUUUAUUGAAAUAAACUCUAAGUGCAGAAGCAUUCUAACAUGUCCUCUGUUUAAGUCUCUGGGGUGGGGAGAGCUCAAUGGUUAAGGCUUUCGGUUCAAAUCCCAGCAUUUCCAAUGUUAGGGUUCUUGAGCAGGUUCCUGGCGCUCUCUGUUCCAGGUGAACUGUAUAUUAGUUGCCCCAAGCUGGGAUGAUAUACAAAGAAAAGAAUUUCUCUGUGAUAUAAUGUAUAUGUGGCAUAUUCCACAUAUUGCUCCAUCAAGUGGUGUGCAGUUAUUAUCUUCUCAUUAGUAUUUAGUCAUAUGAUGAAAGCUUCCUGAUCAGCGACAUGGAGUUCUUCUAGAUUAACAUGCUUUUGUGUGUGUGUGUGUGUGUGUGUGUGUUGGUGUGUGUUCCUGUGUCUUCACAUCUUUCAGUGUUCCUCUGUUCUCUGUACAUCACCUGUAGUGGUUGAUACUACACGAAGAUUAGAUGCUUGAAAGAUCCUUCUCAAUGUUUUCUUUACUUUUGUUACUGAAAUAAACUCUAAGUGCAAAAGCA